CCCAGAAAGUGGUAGACCCCCCUGCAACACCAGAGAAGCUCUCCAAAGUGGGCUCCUUUGGAACAGCGCAGAACCGCAUCGAACCUUGGCACCCGCCUUUAUUUAGAUCCUUUUGCUCAACUCGCUCUGUUCCGUCUUUCUUUCUCACAACAUCAUCACACUCAAAUACCCUCUCAAAAGUCUUCAAAUAACCGCGAUCCUCCAUUGAAGCAACUGCGAUUUUUUUUCUUUUCCUUUUUCUUCCUACUCUACGACAUAAUCUUCACGCAUUCUACACACAACACCACACACAUCACACAAAAUGGCUCCCGCCGUCGGUAUCGAUUUGGGUACCACGUACUCUUGCGUGGGUAUCUUCCGUGAGGAUCGAUGUGAUAUCAUCGCCAACGACCAGGGUAACCGAACCACCCCCUCAUUCGUCGGUUUCACCGACACCGAGCGUCUGAUUGGUGAUGCCGCCAAGAACCAAGUCGCUAUGAACCCUCAGAACACUGUCUUCGACGCCAAGCGAUUGAUCGGUCGCAAGUUCGCCGACCCUGAGGUUCAGGCCGAUAUGAAGCACUUUCCCUUCAAGAUCGUCGACAAGGGUGGCAAGCCCAACAUCGAGGUUGAGUUCAAGGGCGAGACCAAGACCUUCACCCCUGAGGAGAUCUCUGCUAUGAUCCUUACCAAGAUGCGUGAGACCGCUGAGUCUUACCUCGGCGAGACUGUCAACAACGCUGUUGUUACUGUCCCUGCCUACUUCAACGAUUCUCAGCGUCAAGCCACCAAGGAUGCUGGUCUCAUCGCCGGUCUCAACGUUCUCCGAAUUAUCAACGAGCCUACUGCUGCCGCCAUUGCCUACGGUCUUGACAAGAAGGUUGAGGGCGAGCGUAACGUCCUGAUCUUCGAUCUUGGUGGUGGUACUUUCGAUGUGUCUCUCCUUACCAUUGAGGAGGGUAUCUUCGAGGUCAAGUCUACUGCUGGUGACACUCACUUGGGUGGUGAGGACUUUGACAACCGUCUGGUCAACCACUUCGUAAACGAGUUCAAGCGCAAACAUAAGAAAGAUCUUAGCACCAACGUCCGUGCUCUGCGACGUCUCCGAACUGCUUGCGAGCGUGCCAAGCGAACACUAUCUUCUUCUGCUCAGACCUCCAUUGAGAUCGACUCUCUCUUCGAGGGUAUUGACUUCUACACCUCUAUCACCCGUGCUCGUUUCGAGGAGCUCUGCCAGGAUCUCUUCCGAUCCACCAUCCAGCCCGUCGACCGUGUCCUUACCGACGCCAAGAUCGACAAGUCCCUUGUCCACGAGAUUGUCCUCGUCGGUGGUUCUACCCGUAUCCCCCGUGUCCAGAAGCUCAUCACCGACUACUUCAACGGAAAGGAGCCCAACAAGUCCAUCAACCCCGAUGAGGCUGUUGCCUACGGUGCCGCCGUCCAGGCCGCGAUUCUCUCCGGUGACACCUCCAGCAAGGCCACCAACGAGAUCCUGCUUCUCGAUGUCGCUCCUCUCUCUCUCGGUAUCGAGACCGCUGGUGGUAUGAUGACCAAGCUUAUCCCCCGCAACACCACCAUCCCCACCAAGAAGUCCGAGGUCUUCUCCACCUUCUCCGACAACCAGCCUGGUGUUCUCAUCCAGGUCUACGAGGGUGAGCGUCAACGCACCAAGGACAACAACCUGAUGGGCAAGUUCGAGCUCACUGGUAUCCCCCCUGCCCCCCGUGGUGUUCCCCAGAUUGAGGUUACCUUCGAUCUUGAUGCCAACGGUAUCAUGAACGUCUCCGCUGUCGAGAAGGGCACUGGCAAGUCCAACAAGAUUGUCAUUACCAAUGACAAGGGCCGCCUGUCCAAGGAGGAGAUCGAGCGCAUGCUUAGCGACGCUGAGAAGUACAAGGAGGAGGAUGAGGCCGAGGGCAAGCGUGUCGCUGCCAAGAACGGUCUUGAAUCUUAUGCGUACUCUCUUCGUAACACCCUCUCCGACCCUAAGGUCGAGGAGAAGAUCGAGGCUAGCGACAAGGAGACCCUCACUGCCGAGAUCGACAAGGUCGUCCAGUGGCUUGACGACAACCAGCAGGCUACUCGUGAGGAGUAUGAGGAGCACCAGAAGGAGCUCGAGGGCAAGGCCAACCCCAUCAUGAUGAAGUUCUACGGAGCUGGUGGUGAGGGUGCUCCUGGUGGCAUGCCCGGUGGUCCCGGCGGCUUCCCUGGUGCUGGCGGCCCUGGUGGUGCUCCCGGCGCUGGUGGUGACGAUGGUCCCACCGUCGAGGAGGUCGACUAAAUUCUUUGAUACCCCAACAAUAUCAGUCUCGACUUCUAGAGUUGUCAUGCGUCCAAUGGUACAAUGCGGAGGCUAGGGGUUUCAUGGGAUGAUAUGAUGAGAUUAGAUUUUCCUGUUUUGUUUUUGCGACUUUCACGGUUAUGAAAAAGCUCGGUGGUUUUUACCCAAUGUAUUUUAAUGAAUCGAUGAAUCAAGAUAUUCACAAUAACUACUCCUUUGCCUCUUCCCUUGUGUCACAUGUCUUUCUCGUUGCGAUUGGUGCAGCACCCACCUCUUAUAACGUACUCAUAACCUUGGGUUUGCUACACAACAUCUUCAUGGAGGUAUGGCCAUGGUGAUGCCCGGACUAGGGGUGGAAAGAAAACUCAGGACCUCGACCCUAAGCGAUAAAAGUGUGUAGGUAAAUCUAAUCUAAGCUUAGGGGACUUCUGCUAAGUUUAUUUUAACCACGCCGCGGAGAAGUCUCUGAAUGGUCCGCAGGAUUCGGAUCACUUACUAUCAGGGAAGGGUAGCAAUCUUUGCCACAGAGAAUGAUUACAGAACUUGGUUAGGAAAUUGGAAGUUCUCUAUUAAUACAAGAGCAAGUUGAUCAACUUCGUGGCUCAACAGGCUCAUCAAAUACUGUCCCUUCUGGUACUUUGUCCUCUCUACUCUCCCAGACAUCUUCACUACUCGGUUUCCCAGGGCCAUACUUUGUAAACUCCUUCGCACGAUAAUAAUCCCUGAUGGCCUUCUCCCGCAUCUCAGGAGAGUAGCUCUUGGUACGCAUGCAGAACCAGAAGUCAUCCCAAUGCUCACUGCAUGAUCUCAUCUCACCGUAGCGAUACACGGCAUUGAACUGUCCGCCCAUCGAGUUGCAUGCCCAUGCUUGGUCGAAGGCUUGACGACAGGACAUGUCUGUUGGGAGCAGGGCUUCGGAGAGGGCGUCACGGGGAGGAAUAUCGGCGGGUGUAGGGGUGGAUGAGCGUGUGGAUUUCUUGAGAGUGAGCCAUGAUGGUAGUUUGGAAGACGAAUUUUGUUGUUGUUGGUCUUCUGUUGUGGAGGGUUUUGCGUUCUUCUCAGCUUCAAAGAGAUCGAUGAACUUUUGGAUUUCAGGAUCGGUAUUGGAAUUGGAUGGGGCUGUUGUCGAAGGAUCCGAAGUUGUGGAUGUGGUUGCGGUUGCGGUUGUUGGUGAUGCGACAGGAUGAGUCUCUUUAGCUGGUGCAGCUGACUUGCCCUCGCUAGGAGGUGUUGAAGACCAUAGCCAACCCAUUGCGACGAUUUACAAGUGAUCGAUUCAACUGAAUAUCUCGUUUAAGCCCCUCGUGAUGGUUGGUGCGAAAAAGCUCAG